GAGCAGAGGAAAGAUAUUCUGCUACUGAAUUAGAAUUUCUUGCUUUACAUUGGGCUUGUACCCAAGAAUUUAGAUUAUACUUGCUUGGAAAACCAUUUCUACAUGUUACUGAUCAUCAACCAUUAAAACAUUUAAAGAACACAAAUGGAGGGUCCAAAAGAAUUCAAAACUGGCGUGUGAAUAUGGAAGAAUUUCAGUAUCAAGUUGAAUAUAAACCUGGGAUAAAUAAUGGGAAUGCAGAUGCUCUAUCAAGAAGACCGGAAUGUCGUUAA